GCCACUGCUGGAGAAAUACUCCUGUUUCCUCAUACAGUACCAAGGCAGUGAUCAGUAUGACGUAACUUUUGGUUUGAAAUUCCCACUAAAUUUUAAAAUUUUCACAUGGAAGUCCAGUAAUCCGGAGAAAUUGCACAUUGUGCACCCACUGCAUAAGUACAGAGUUAAAAUCCACAAAGGCUUUGUGAUGCUUUAUAAUGUCCAAGUUAAUGGCACUGGUGCAUCUGAAAUCCACAUUGACUACUUUGGAACAGAACUGAAAAACCGUGAUCAAAGUACUUUCAGGAUCCAAGUAUUUGAACCAGUUUCCCAGCCUGUGAUAGAGAUUCGUGACAACUGUGAGAAUUCAUCAAAUAUCACUUUAAGCUGUUCUGUCACCAAAGGAACACAUGUCACAAUUUACUGGGAAAAGGUGUCCUUGUCUGGGAUUUGCAGCAAAAUAUAUGAUGGAGGAGUGCUUGUGAUAGACUGUGUGAAUGAAAUGGAACAAGAUGAGUACAGGUGCAUAGCAGAAAACCCAGUCAGUAAUGCAACCAGCAACCAAGUGACUUUCAACGAACGCAAAGCAAUCAAUCCCAAGGGUGAAAGAAAUCAUUUGAUGGUACUGGUUUCUGUGGUGAUGGCAGUUCUGUCUUCUGCCAUUGUUUACCUCUGGAAUGUUCACCGUUGUAAAGGAGGGUCAGGUAACAGAUCAAGUGACGCUACUGUGUGAAUUGGUCAUCUCCAACAGAUUGCUCAGUGAGGCUUAGUAACAUUCACAUACAUCAUGAUGAUGUAACUGAUCAACAAGAUGAUCCAACAUCUUAUGCGUGCUGAUUAUAGCAGAUACUGAAUGAAUGGGUAUGAGAAUGAAUGGAAGGGAUAUGGCAACUAUAGAGGAGUCAUAUAGAAGAUACCAAUCUAGAAUGAGCACGUGGAGAGAUAUAGAGGUCUUGGACACUACACUGUUAAUCUGUAUUUGAGAACUUUCUAUAUGCAGAGGUAAGUAAAUGAGUGGCAAAAGGAUCUGAAGACAUUGACUUAAUAUUUAAGAACUAAGAAGCCUCAGGGACCAUCUAUGU